UUAACAAUUUUUCUUUCUAUCAGCCUGUGUGUAAUGAUUUAUUACAGCUGAAAAGUUCAACAAAAUUCGGUCGUUGACUCAAGUAUUGGGUUUGCUGGUGUUGGUCUUUGGUGGCCAUCUUGUAUUUUCCAAUCUGAAGUCUUUUUGAUAGCGGUUUCAUUGUCCAAUUUAGAGGCAGUGUUAGUUAAUUUAUAACCAGAUUAUGGCUUUAAAACGAAUUAAUAAGGAACUGCAAGACCUGGGUCGUGACCCUCCCGCACAGUGUUCUGCUGGCCCUGUCGGAGAUGACCUAUUUCACUGGCAAGCAACAAUUAUGGGACCUCCUGACAGUCCUUAUCAGGGAGGAGUUUUCUUUUUAACCAUCCACUUCCCUACAGACUAUCCAUUUAAACCUCCAAAGGUGGCGUUCACAACUAGAAUUUAUCACCCAAACAUAAAUAGCAAUGGUAGCAUUUGUCUGGACAUACUGAGAUCUCAGUGGUCACCAGCGUUAACAAUAUCAAAAGUGUUGCUGUCAAUUUGCUCGCUGCUCUGUGAUCCCAACCCAGACGAUCCACUAGUCCCUGAGAUCGCAAGGAUAUACAAAACAGACCGAGAGAAGUACAACGAGUUGGCACGAGAAUGGACACGCAAAUACGCCAUGUGAUGAUUCGGCCACUAAGUCAACACCCACGUUUUAACUAGUUUUCAAAAACUGUCAAAUUUUUAAAACAAUACAUAAUAUUUUUUUCUGAUGGUCGUGGGUGAAUGAAGGGAAGAUGGUUUGCGUUGCCUCAGGGAUACAGCCCUUCUUCACCGAUGUUUUACUAUAUGAGAGUGUAGAUUGCUUUCAUCUGAAAUUAUUGUUUUAUUUAUUUUAAUUCAGGGAACUCUUCAAGUAAUACAAACUGAGAUAGUUCAACUAAUACCUUCAAUGUCCCUCGAUGUCAAAAUGUCCCGUAAUAAACCAAAUUAAUUUUCCCUACUCAUAUUUAUUCUACAAGUUCAGACUGAACUGUUAAAUAUUUCACCCCCUUUUUACAAAACGCUUCCUACUCAAAACAGUUCUCUUUUAAAGUAAAUUUGAUGGAUUAUUGUUAUUUUAUUAUUCCCGCUAAGGUUGAAAACCGCUGUAUUUUUGGAAGAUCUUGUAAAAAGGGGACAUUUUUGUGUGCAUAAAGGUUAUUCGAACAAUGUAAUUGAAAUUGUCUUUAUACACACAAAAUUAAUAAAGUUUCACUUUGUAAAGUA